UGUUCGUGAGAUACGAAAGCUGAAUGUGGCACAUGAUUUUGAGACAUGUAUACGUAUGUAACAUCGCAACCAUCGCAACUGUUACAUUGGAAAAAUUGUUUAUAGGUACAAGUGAAUCCACUGCAUAUAGAAAUGAGUGUUCUGAAUUUACCAACUGAGGUGUUGGUUCAUAUAUUCGAAUAUGUAAAGGGAGGAGACAUACUGAAUCUGAGUGUAACAUGCAAAAGAUUCAACGAAAUUCUGGAAGCUAAAACACUAACAAGAAAAUUAAGCUUUGCAGGAUGUUAUACUGCCAACAUCUCUCAUAUAAAAUGUUAUCUGAAGCCAAAGAUACGUCAUGAAAAUGUCAAGGAAUUUGACCUAACAAGUUGCUACUGGCUGAAGUCUAUAGAUAUUCGAGAGUGUGUGUUGAAACUUUCAAAUCUCGAUUCUCUUUAUGUAGCAGAUACUUCCCUAACCUGGAGGCAUCUCUUGAUGAUCUUAAAUAAAUGUCAGUUAAAACGGCUUUCGUGGUCAUGGAAUCAUAGACUUGACCUCUGUAGGACUUCAAUAUAUAUGGAUAUAGAGUUCAUCUCACCUCAGCUUGGUCACUUGGAGUUUAUGCUUGUAUAUAUAAAGACUCCCAUCUUCGGCCGUGGUGAUCUGGAUGUACUUUGCACCUGGCUUGUACAUUGUACUGCUCUCAAGGAGUUAUGGGUUAUUGUACCAGAACAAACGCGUAGUUUCACUGCUUCCAGUGAGUUUGGACUUCCCAGUAGACAAUUAGAUUUUCCACAUCUGCAUACACUUGUUAUGUCUCAGUUUUGCUGUAAUAGAUCUGAUGGCCUCGUCAACAAUCUGUUCAGCAUUAUCUUGAGAGGCUGCAAAUUUAAUACUGCAUGGCAUUGCUUCUGGAUUGCAAUGGAAAAUCUGAGAUGGGCAGGUGAUUUAUCUGUAGAUGUAUCUGAAGCUGCAACACUUGUAUUAUCUCAGAUAGAUAUAAGAAGUAAGCCUGAAGACUGUCCAAAACUCGAGCAUUUAUCAUGGUCUAAAGGAGGUUUUCAUCAGCUAGAGUCUGCUUUUGAGAGCCCGAGCCAAACCGUGAAGAAGUUUAUUUUGAACUCAUUAUGCAUGAAAGUGAAGUGGGAUUCUUUAUGGAGUUUGCUCACCAACUUGGAGGAGCUGAAUGUAAUGUAUUGUAUGACAGACAUACGGAGCGUAUGCUCUCAGAAGAACCUCCGUAAACUGGCAUUACCUAUAUGCAUUAUUAGAGAAAAGGAAGGGUCAGACAGCAGCCAGACGUCGGAAUCACAUGAUAUAAUUCAAGUAGUUGUUGAGACAUGCCCUAAUAUUGAAGAAUUUGAGUUUACUCCAUGUUUUCGCUGUGGAUCAGAGAAUGAACACACCUGUUCUAAACAUCAGGAAUCAUCAUUUGUGCUGUUUUCAAAAUGGAAAAACCUCCGUCGGCUCAAACUGGAGGGGCUAAAGUGUGUUCGGUCUGGGAACUUUUUCAUGCAGAUUUUCAAGUCUUGUGAGAAUCUGGAAAGUAUUUCACUAAAAAAUCUUGGUCUCAGGGGGAACUGCAACUACUUGUUUGAACUCUGCAGUGCUCUGAAAUGUUGCAAGAAUUUGAGAGAUUUUAGAAUUGAGCAGCCUAAUAUCUUAGUAACAGACAGACUGUUCAUGGCAUUACAGAGAUGUCCUCUGAUAGAAAGGGUUUGUGUGAUCAGUACUGAGAACAGCCGUCUGUCAAGUGAAUCAUCAGUGAUAAAUUUAGUAUCUGGGGCCCCAAAACUUGUCUUCCUGUACAUAUGGCUGUUCAGACUGACUCAGGUAGCAUGCAGACAAAUUAGAAGGUGUAUCUCUGAAAGUUUAUUGAAUAGAUGCAUCAAUUGGUAGCCAACUUCCACAGCAAUAGAGGAAUUGAUGGAAGGAGUGUUUCCCCUAUGGUCUGUGCUGAGAUUGUCUGGUGAGAACCAACUGGACAAACAAACAAGUCAAUACUGGGUCAGUGUUUGGAGUCAGAGGUUAGCAGCCAUUUCCUAGCAACAACUAGUGACAACAGAAUAACAAACAGAAGACUUCAUGUGCACUAUAGUUAUAGUGAUAUAGAGAGUGUGCAUGUCAGACUGUUAUAGUCAUUUUUACUUACGAGUUAUAAGCAUUAUUGGUACAUGGAAUGUAAGAAGUCUCUGUAGGGCAGUUUCGCUGAUGACAGUUAACGGAAGAAAUAUCAAAAUAUAAGUUAGAUGUAGUGGGAAUACAGAAAGUCAGAUGGGACAGAGGUGGCACUGAACCAGCAGACAAAUAUACAUCUUUCUGUUGAAAGGGGAUUGAGAAUGAUCAAUUAGGAACAGUUUUUUUUCUUAUGCAUAAGAGAAUCAUAACAGCAGUUAAGAGGGUAGAGUUUGUUAGUGAUAGGAUGUUGUACAUGAUACUGAGAGAGGUCACUGCUGUGAUAUAAUUGUUCUGAAUGUUCUUGACCUAACAAAGGAUAAAACUGAUGAUAUGAAGGACAGCUUCUGUGAUGAACUAGAAUGUGUAUUCGAUAAAUUACCUAAAUAGCAAAGAACAAAGAACAGUGGAACUAGAGAACAGUCAUUACUGGGUAACAGCUGUGUAACACACAGCAGUGGAAUAACUGUUGGAAGUGUUGCAGCUGAACCCCAAAAGCAAAUGUUAUGCUUUACAUAUAUCAUGAAAAUCUAAGAACAAAAAUUUUUUUUUAAUCCUUGGUUAGCAGGCAUGGCAUAAUAACCCCUUCUGAUGUAAAAA